CUCAAUCCUGAAGAGGACAGUCAAUCGUUUGGAAAUAAUAGGUUCAUAGCAGCAAAAUGGGUCUUAAGGCACUUAUCCUCGUCGGCGGUUUCGGUACCCGUCUCCGUCCACUUACCCUCACCCUUCCCAAACCCCUUGUCGAAUUCGGCAACCGCCCCAUGAUCCUCCACCAAAUCGAAGCUCUCGCUGCCGCCGGUGUAACGGACAUCGUCCUCGCCGUCAACUACCGUCCCGAAAUCAUGGUCGCGGCACUCAAAAAGUUCGAAGAAGAAUACAACGUCACCAUCACUUUCUCCGUCGAGACUGAGCCAUUGGGUACCGCCGGUCCCCUCGCUUUGGCAGCCGAGAUUCUGGGAAAAAAUGAUGAGCCGUUCUUUGUGUUGAAUUCGGAUGUUAUCUGUGAUUAUCCCUUCGAGGACCUCGUUGAACACCACCGCUCCCACGGUGCGGAGGGUACGAUCAUCGUCACCAAGGUCUCCGAGCCAUCAAAGUACGGUGUUGUCGUCAUGCACCCCGAUACCACCCUCAUCGAGCGCUUCGUCGAGAAGCCCGUCGAAUUCGUCGGAAACCGCAUUAACGCCGGUAUCUACAUCUUCAACCCCUCCGUCCUGAAGCGUAUCUCCCUCCGCCCUACCUCGAUCGAGAAGGAGACGUUCCCGGCUAUGGUCGCCGACAAGCAGCUCCACACGUUCGAUUUGCAGGGAUACUGGAUGGAUGUUGGACAGCCCAAGGAUUACUUGACCGGAACCACGCUCUAUCUUGCCUCCCUCGCGAGCCGUAAAUCCAACCUUCUCGCAAGCACCGAGGAGGACUACGUCUACGGCGGCAACGUCAUGGUCCACCCCACCGCCAAGAUCGGUGCCAACUGUCGUAUCGGACCCAACGUCGUCAUUGGCCCCAACUGUGUCGUCGGCGACGGUGUCCGUCUCCAGCGCUGUGUUCUCCUCGAUGGAACUCGUGUCAAGGAUCACGCGUGGGUUAAAUCUACCAUUGUUGGAUGGCAUUCGACGAUUGGAAGGUGGGCUAGAUUGGAGAAUGUUAGUGUGCUUGGUGAUGAUGUUACGGUGUCUGACGAGGUUUACGUUAAUGGAGGAAGCAUCUUGCCGCACAAGACCAUCUCGGCAAACGUUGAGACGCCGCAGGUUAUCAUGUAA